AUGAAUCCCCAGACACUCGGAGAGAAACUAUCCGCAGAAGGGCCGCAUGGGUCAUUCGAAGAUCCACUGGGACACGAGGGCGCAAGUUCACAGGAAGAGAAUAGCAGAGGCUCGAUUGCUGCAUACUGGAAAAUAUUCAGCUACGCCAGUGAAUUUGAAUGGAUGCUCCAAGCAAUCGCUUGCUGUGCUGCAAUAGCCUCUGGUGCUGGUGUAGCCCUUCAAAACCUCAUCUUCGGGGAAUUUGUGUCUGUUAUCACCGACUUUGCGAAGCAGAAGUCAACUACGCAACAGUUUCGUGGAGAUGCAAGCAAGCUAGCCCUUUACUUCGUGUACCUCGGCAUCGCACGCUUCAUCCUGUCUUAUCUCUACAACACGCUCCUCACAUACGCAGCUUUUCGUGUUAUUCGCAAUAUCCGACACAGGUAUCUGAAAGCCGCCCUUAGUCAAGAGAUCUCCUUUUUCGAUUUUGGUACUGGAGGCUCCAUCGCAGCGCAAGCGACCUCGAAUGGAAAACUGAUUCAAGCGGGCGUUGCCGAGAAAAUCGGCCUAUUGUUCCAGGGACUAGCUACCUUCGUGACAGCCUUUAUUAUCGCGUUCACAGUUCACUGGAAGCUGACACUCAUCUGCCUCUGUAUUGCACCGGCGACAAUUAUUGUGACAGGGUUUGUUGCCGCUGUCGAGGCUGGACACGAGACUCGAAUACUCGAAAUUCAAGCUCAGGCAAAUUCUUUUGCAGAGGGGGUGCUCGCCGGUAUUAAGGCUGUCAAUGCUUUUGGAAUGCAACCGAGUUUAGUUCACAAAUUCGAUGAAUAUUUGACUGAAGCUCACAAAGUUGGCAACAAGAUAUCACCCCUUUUUGGAGUCCUCUUCUCGUCGGAGUAUGCAAUUGUCUAUCUUGGGUUUGGGCUUGCAUUCUGGCAGGGGGUUAACAUGGUCGCAAACGGAAACAUCAAGUCUGUCGGGGACAUUUUUACGGUCCUAUUGUCGGUGGUUAUGGCAGCGAUGAACCUGACAGCGCUAGCCCCUUACUCGAUCGACUUUAGCAGGGCAUCCUCUGCUGCGUCUCAGCUAUUUAAAAUCAUUGAUAGGAAGUCUGCCAUUGAUCCGUACAACGACUCAGGCCUUGAACCGCAAGCCAUUGUCGGAGAGGUUGAGCUCAACGAUAUAACAUUCUCAUACCCCACCCGCCCUGGUGUCACCGUUCUGGAGAACUUCAGCCUGAGAGUACCUUCGGGCAAGGUGACUGCCUUGGUCGGUCCAUCUGGUUCCGGAAAAAGCACCAUAGUCGGACUACUUGAACGUUGGUAUAAUCCAGAUUCUGGUUUGAUCAAACUGGAUGGAAUACCGAUUGACCAGCUGAAGCUAAACUGGCUCCGGAAAAACGUCCGACUUGUACAGCAAGAACCAGUGCUUUUCCAAGGGACCGUCUUUGAGAACAUCCGGUAUGGCCUAGUUGGAACACCAUGGGAAAACUCUCCAAGAGAGGAACAAUUGGAACGUGUCCAGGUGGCCGCACGGAUGGCAUUUGCACAUGACUUUAUCAGUGGACUGACUAAAGGCUACGACACAAUGAUCGGUGAGCGUGGUGGUUUAUUGUCUGGAGGACAGAAACAGCGGGUGGCCAUCGCUCGCAGUAUCGUGUCGCAACCAAAGGUGCUUCUGCUAGACGAGGCGACCAGCGCCCUCGAUCCUCAAGCAGAAGGCAUCGUACAGAAGGCCCUGGAUACGGCAUCCAUGGGACGAACGACAAUCGUCAUUGCUCACAAACUUGCAACUAUUAGGAAAGCGGACAAUAUCGUGGUCAUGAGCAAAGGUUGUAUUUCAGAGCAGGGCACCCAUGGCGCUCUAAUUGCAAAAGAUGGCAUUUACGCACGCCUGGUCAAGGCGCAGAAUCUCAAAGUCUCCUCCGCUGCAAACCCGGCCGACAUAGAAGAAGAGAAGAACCGAACGCAUGAUGAUACAGCAUUGGCCACCACCAUAACUGCCAAUACCCUCGAGCGAUACACCUCAUCCGUUAGAGGCAAUCUAGAGUCACUCAGAGAGCGCGACAAUUAUGACCACCACGAAACGGUGGGAAUCUUGAAAUCAAUACAAUAUCUCGUCAGGGAAUGCCCAGAGCUGAUCUGGGCAUAUCUAUUUGCUUUUCUCGGCUGUCUGGGAGCAGCCGCGGCGUAUCCAGGCCAGGCCAUAUUGAUGGCAAAGGUGGUCGACGUUUUCAUGUUGGUUGGGGACGAAAUGAAAAACAGAGGAAAUUUCUUUGCGACUAUGUUCAUCGUCCUAGCUGCUGGCUGUCUAAUUGCAUACUUCACCAUUGGCUAUGCAACAAACACUGUUGCUCAACAUUUGAGCCAUUGGUUCCGUCGGCUUAUGUUUGCCGAUAUGCUCCGACAAGAUAUCCAAUUUUUCGAUCGUCCCGAGAACACGACCGGCGCCUUGGUCAGCCAGAUCGACUCAUACCCGCAAUCUGUCCUGGAGUUGAUGGGCUUCAAUAUCGCUCUUGUCGUGAUUGCUAUGCUAAAUCUCAUGAGUUGUAGUAUUCUUGCUAUCGUCCACUCCUGGAAGCUUGGCCUGGUGGUCGUAUUUGCUGGCCUUCCCCCUCUGGUAUGCUCAGGUUUCCUCAAGAUUCGACUGGAUGCAAAACUUGACCGAAAUAUUUCAAAGAGGUACUCGGCCAGCUCAUCAAUUGCCUCGGAGGCCAUAAAUGCCAUCCGAACUGUUUCUUCUCUUGCUAUAGAGGGAAACGUUCUCCGCAAGUACACUGCAGAACUAGAUCAUGCAGUAACCAACUCCGUGAAGCCCAUGGCUUCCACGAUGAUCUGUUUCGCUUUAACACAAAGUAUUGAAUACUGGUUUAUGGCCCUUGGGUUCUGGUACGGAUGCCGCUUACUAUCAUCUGGCGACAUCAGCAUGUAUGAUUUCUUCGUUGCUUUUUUGGCCGUCUACUUCUCCGGUCAAGCCUCGUCACAGAUAUUUCAAUUUUCAACCAGCAUCACCAAGGGAGUCAACGCCGCCAACUAUAUUUUCUGGCUUCACCAGCUUGAGCCAACUGUACAGGUGACGCCUGACAACCAUGACAAUGACCCGACAUUUACCUGGCCAAUCAAUGUCGACAACAUCCGCUUUGCCUAUCCACUACGACCAGCCACACCAGUACUAAGAGGCGUUAACAUCAAGAUUGAUAAAGGACAGUUCAUCGCUUUUGUCGGUGCAUCUGGUUGUGGCAAAUCCACAAUGAUCGCCAUGCUCGAGCGUUUUUAUGACCCAACCGUCGGCAUGAUCCGUAUCAACACACUUGGUCUUGCAGAUUUGAACCCUGUACUCUAUCGGAAUGCCGUUGCUCUCGUCCAGCAGGAGCCAACCCUUUUCCAGGGCACGAUCCGCGAUAACUUAGGGCUUCACAAUGUCUCAGAUGACAUUAUCGAGUCUGCACUACGCGCUGCGAACGCAUGGGACUUUGUCUCGUCCCUACCGGAAGGUCUCUCCACACCUGCUGGCUCCGGCGGAACACAGCUAUCCGGUGGCCAAAGACAGCGUAUUGCCAUCGCCCGCGCCCUGGUCCGUCAACCGAAGAUCCUUUUACUGGACGAGGCAACCAGUGCACUUGACACUGAGAGCGAAAAGAUUGUUCAGAACGCGCUCGAGGAGGCUGCAAAAACAUCCAACAGGAUAACUGUUGCCGUGGCACAUCGUCUAAGUACGAUUAAGGAUGCAGAUGUGAUUUGCGUCUUUCAGGAUGGAAGAAUCGCGGAAAUCGGAUCCCACGAUGAGCUCUUCUUGCGUGGAGGAUUGUACCGCAAGAUGUGUGAGGCCCAGGCCUUGAGUUAG